AUGAUCCCAGCAGUGUUCCUGCUCUUACUCCUUUUGGUUGAACAAGCAGAGGCCCUGGGGGAGCCUCAGCUCUGCUAUAUCCUGGACGCGAUCCUGUUUCUCUACGGUAUUGUCCUCACCCUCCUCUACUGCAGACUCAAGUUGCAGGUGCGAAAGGCAGCUGCAGCCAGUGAGAAAUCCGAUGGCGUUUACACGGGCCUGAGCACCCGGACCCAGGAGACUUAUGAGACCCUGAAGCAUGAGAAACCACCACAAUAG